AAUAAACUUGAUCAUCACAAUAAAUGGGUGUGUGGGGGCAACUGAGACUGGUCCAUUUGUGGCGGUUUCUGUUGACUUGCGUAUACCAGUUCGGCACUAAUCUUCUCAGAUUGAGGGGUCGGGUAAAGAGCGAUAAGAAACUGAAUGGACAGGUAGUUGUAGUGACCGGUGCUAACACUGGCAUUGGAAAAGAGACGGCGUAUCAUAUGACUCUCAGGGAGGCCAAGGUAUACAUCGGGUGUCGGGAUGUCGUCAAAGGAGAGACGGCUGUCAAAGACAUUGUGGCACUGAAUCCAAAGGCAGACAUAAAACUAUUAAAACUUGAUUUGUCUUCACUUCAAUCGGUCCGCCAUUUCGCCAAAGAGUUGUCUCAAUUG